GGUAAGAAGCAGGCAAGAAGUUGUAGUGGCAGUGGCCUUGUUGUUUUGAGGUUUCAGCGUCGCAUGGUUUUCAAUAUUCGGUCUUUGGAUUGAAAUCGGUCCUGUUGUGACAUGUCAUCGAUUGGUUCGAUCGAAAUCCCUCUCCGGGACACGGAUGAGGUGAUUGAACUGAGCUUCGACCAACUGCCGGACGGAGAAGAGGUUCUCAGCAUUUUGCGGCAGGAACAUGCCGCCCUGCAUUUGUGGGUGCGGUUGGCUGAAGAGUAUUAUCGGCAGAGCAAGCAUGAAGCGUUUGUACAGAUCCUCGAAGCGGCCAGGACAGAGGCGAACAAUGACUAUCGGGACAAUGAGAAGGACCAGAUGCGGGCCUUGGACAUGCUCGCCGCUUAUUAUGUGCAAAUUGCUAACAAGGAGAAAAAUAAGGACAAGAAGCGCGAGUUGUUUACCAAAGCCACACUCUUGUACACGGCCGCUGACAAAAUCAUCAUGUACGAUCAGCAACAUUUGCUUGGCCGUGCGUACUUUUGCCUCCUUGAAGAUGGUAAAAUGGACCAGGCAGAUGCCCAGUUCAAUUUCGUGUUGGGACAAGACGCCAACAACAUCCCUUCGCUCUUGGGCAAAGCCUGCAUUGCUUUCAACAGAAAGGACUACAGGGGUGCCCUUGCCUUCUACAAAAAAGCCCUGCGCAACAACCCCAUGUGCCCAGCGGCAGUUCGUCUCGGGAUGGGACACUGCUUUGCCCGACAGGGAAACUUGGAAAAAGCCAAGCUAGCUUUUGAACGGGCACUCCAGCUCGACCACGGAUGUGUCGGCGCCCUUGUCGCCCUUGCUGUGCUCAAGUUGAACGAGCAGACAACUGAUUCUAUCAGGGAAGGCGUUCAAAUGCUCUCCAGGGCUUAUGCCGCUGACCCUGGAAAUCCUAUGGUGCUGAACCACUUGGCCAACCACUUCUUUUUCAAGCGAGAUUUCAACAAAGUGCAGCAUCUUGCCUUACAUGCGUUCCACAACACCGAGAACGAAGCAAUGCGAGCCGAAAGUUGCUUCCAGCUGGCAAGGUCGUUCCACGCUCAAGGCGAUUACGACCAGGCUUUCCAGUAUUACUAUCAGUCGACUCAGUUUGCACCUCCGUCUUUCGUCCUGCCGCAUUUUGGCUUGGGUCAGAUGUACAUUUACAGAGAGGAUCCUGAAAAUGCUGCCAACUGUUUUGAAAAGGUGCUGAAAGUGCAGCCUAAUAAUUACGAAACAAUGAAAAUCCUUGGAUCCUUGUACGCUAACUCCAGCAGCCAAGCCAAGAGGGAGAUUGCUAGACAGCAUCUAGCAAAGGUCACGACACAGUUUCCUGAAGACGUGGAAGCGUGGAUCGAAAUGGCUCAGAUCCUGGAGCAGACCGACCUGGCCGCAGCUCUCACAGCUUAUGGCACGGCAACCAAAAUUCUCCGUGACAAAGUUGGAGCUGAAGUGCCUCCUGAAAUUCUCAACAAUGUUGGAUCACUGCACUACAGACUCGGGAACCUUGAUGAUGCCAAACACUACUUUGAGGAUUCACUCGCAAGAGCCAGAAGCGAGGCAGAGCAUGAUCCCCACUAUUACAAUGCGAUUGCUGUGACAACUACUUAUAAUCUUGCCCGGUUGUCAGAGGCACAGUGUCAAUUUGACAAGGCUGAGAAGCUAUAUAAGGAUAUCUUAAAAGAGCAUCCCAACUACGUAGAUUGCUACUUGCGCUUGGGCUGCAUGGCCAGGGACAAAGGCCAGAUUUACGAAGCCUCUGAUUGGUUUAAAGAAGCGCUGCGUAUCAACAACGAGCACCCUGAUGCCUGGUCUCUGCUGGGAAACCUCCAUUUGGCCAAGAUGGAGUGGGGCCCUGGCCAAAAGAAGUUUGAGCGAAUCUUGAAGAAUCCAGCCACGAAAGAUGACGCCUACUCUUUAAUUGCUCUCGGCAAUGUGUGGCUGCAGACCCUGCACCAACCAACAAGGGACAAGGAAAGGGAGAAAAGGCACCAGGACAGAGCACUUGCCAUGUACAAGCAGGUAUUGCGAAAUGAUCCCAAAAACAUUUGGGCAGCUAACGGCGUUGGCGCUGUUCUGGCCCACAAAAACUGCGUCAUCGAGGCCAGGGAUAUUUUCGCUCAGGUGCGCGAAGCAACUGCUGAUUUUUGUGAUGUCUGGCUGAACAUUGCCCACGUGUAUGUAGAGCAGAAGCAAUAUGUCAGCGCCAUUCAAAUGUAUGAGAAUUGCCUCCGCAAAUUUUUUAAGAAUCACACCGUGGAAGUGCUACUAUACUUGGCAAGAGCCUACUUCAAAGCUGGCAAGCUGAAGGAAACCAAGGUGACUCUCCUGAAGGCCCUGCGGGUCGCUCCUCAGGACUCGGUUCUGCUCUUCAAUACUGCCAUUGUGCUACAGCAGAGAGCUAUCGCCACUCUCAAAAUGGAGAAAUCCACUUUAGGAACUGUGCUGGAAGCAGUCAAUGAACUUGCACUCUCGCAGAAAUUUUUCAAACACUUGUCUGUGAAUGGCGACCGCAUGCGGUUCGACUUGGCCCAGGCUGCGCGAGAGGAGCGCAAGUGCCAGGAUCUGAUGUCACAGGCGCAGUACCACGUGGCUCGUGCACGCAAGGUGGACGAAGAAGAGCGUGCGUUGCGGCGCAAGCAGGAGGAGGAGCGCGAGAUCUUCCGCAAGAAGCAACGCGAGCUGAUGGCUAAGGCGGCUGAAGAGCGGCGUCUGCGUGACGAGGAAAUGCUAGCCAAGCGCAAGGAAUACGUCGAGAAGACCAAGAACGCGUUGCUCUUCCAGGAGAUGCCUAGCGAGAAAAGCUCCAAGAAGGGCCGCAGCCGCAAGGACCGAGACGACGGCAGUGCCGACGACGAGAACGAGGAGCCCAGGUCUCGGAGGAGUAAAGGCGGUGGCAAGGGACGCAGUCGCAAGCGCAAGGCUGGUACUCCAAGUGGCUCAGAUUCUGACCAAGGAGGCAGUCCGAGAUCUAAGGGCAAGAAGAAGAAGAAGCCCAAGAAGAAGAUGGAGGCUGACGAAGGUCUGUCUGCCAAGCAGAGGAUGCGGAUUGUCUCCAAGGCUGUUAUAUCCACCUCGGAAAGCGACAGUGACAAUCCAAACCUCAGAAUCGCUAGCGAUGAAGAGGGAAGUGACAGAAGCGGUGGUCGCCGUAAACGCAAAAUCUCAAGCAGUAGCUCUGGCCGCUCAAGAAGCAGGUCAAAAAGCAAGUCAAGGAGUCGAUCGCGUAGCAAGUCGAGGAGCCGCAGCAAAUCUGGUUCUCGUAGCAGAUCAAAAAGCAGAAGCAAGUCUAGGAGCAGAAGCAAGUCGGACUCCCGUAGCAGAUCAAGGUCUGCUAGUGGCUCACGCAAAUCAGGAAGCAGGUCUAGAAGUGGAUCCAGAUCUGGCAGUGGUUCGCCGAGGUCCAGAAAAAGUGUUUCGCGAUCCAGGAGUGGCUCGCCUAAGUCUAAUAGGAGCGGCUCAAAGUCUAGAAGUGCUUCACCCGCUAGCAAAAGAAGUGGCAGUGGUUCUCGGUCUGGAAGUGCUUCUCCAAAGUCCAAUAAGAGUGGCUCACGUUCAAGAAGUGGCUCUAGAAGUGGUUCUGGAAGCGAUUGAAAAAUCUACAAUAGUGCUUGUUGAGUGUAUAUGGAACUUUAAUCGUAGUGUUUCAUCAAUCAAAACAUUCAGAGUAACCGAACCAUACACAUUUGCUUCUAUUAAAUCAAUGAUUGAAAUUGUGACUUAUACCAAACUUCCUUCAGUCAAACUUGACUUGCAGCACGUCAUAAUAUAUUGCAAUUGGUAAAAGCUAUAAAAAAUGAACAUAGAUAGUGGAUGGAAGUCCAUAACCGUUGCAUUAAUUAAUUUUUGGGGCGCUUUGCUACUUAAAUAUCAAAAUUACUGAAAUCGGCUCCAUUUGCAGUACUAUAUUUUAUGUUGAAAUGAAGGCAAGAUUAUACAAAAUUCCUUGCCGACGGUAAAAAUGUUGGCAAGAGUCAAAUGACGGCUAACCUCCAACACGGUCUGUGGGACCUUCAUAUCACUGAAACUUUGCAAACACGAUUGACAUCAUGUUUAGCGUAAAUAUUUUGUGUUGUAAUUUAAACAAUGAUUAACUUCCGAGUUAUUGUAUUAUUUGAAAUUAAAAGGUAAACGUUUUUUAAUAAUAAAAAGCACUUAGAUUCUUAA